CAAGGUUACAAAGGUUUUCCAACUACAAGAUAAUGUUGGCGGGAUCCCUUUUGGCUACAGACUAAGGCGCUGCAAUGUUGGUGUGCUAUGGUCUAUCCCCAGCUUCGAACAAUGAAAUCUAGGUUUAUGGGCAUUCAAUGGAUGGAAUAUGUCAGGCUGUACUCUGCACCAUUUUUAGCCGAAUACGUCCUCCCAUGGUAUCUUUUAUGGAGUUGCUCGACACUAGUUUCGCUUUACAUGACUCUCCGGUCUGUUGUUAAUGGGUAUCUUCAGGAUAUGACAAUACCUGAUCAACAAGGACUCCAAUCGGGGGAGGUUUUUUUAUUCUCGAGUCAGGAUGUGCUCCCUAUCUUUGCCAAGCUGCGACUCUCUAAGGUACGAGUAAAGAUCUCAGUUGUGGCAAUAUCCAAUUUGAGUAAUUGCACCAUUGUCAGAAGACAAGAAGUUAAGGAGUAUAUUCCCCUUAAAACCCUGCUGAUUACUUCCUUUGAUAUUUUACGAGAUGGGCUUCAUUGUGCCUACUGGAAAGAUUUUGUUUGUUUCAAUGUUAUAUUUCAACUCAUUGACACAGGCGAUUCAUAUAUCGGACAUAUUGAUGCUCACACAACGCAAGAGUACAUCAUCCUCUGGAGCGAUAUUACAUCUGCUUGCAAGGGGGACGCGAAUCAUAUAGAAAGUGGAGGGGGGGAAGCCUUUAUCCUUUUCACAGAUGAGAGCUUGGAAUACUAA